AUGAGUCAAUGUAUAACUCUUUAUUCAGGAUUUAAAUCUAUUAUUAGUAGUGGCUUUUCUGAUAAUGUCCAGAGUAAAGGAAAACUGUUGGUGAAAAGUCACCAUGUGAUAAACGUUAAAGAAAUAUUAUUAGGUAACAAUAGUCAAAUUAAUGGCCAUGUUAUACGGCAAGCUUCAGUUACGUUGCAUCCAUAUCUAGUGAAACUCGUAGUUAAUGGGUCUAACAGAGAUGUUGUAGAAGCUGUAUGUCAAUGUCCAGCAGGUAUUGGUGGAAAAUGCAAACAUGUAUAUGCAUUAACACAUUAUAUAAAUACAGAGAGUGGUCAUUCUAAAACAAGUGAUCGAUGCGAAUGGAAUGAACCCAAAAUUUCAAAGGCAGGAAAAGAAAAAUAUUGUAAGGGUAAAAGAAUAGAGGAACUAUUUCCACCUAAGUCUGAUAAGUUGACACAGUGCACCCAUACAAACACAAUUCCUAAUUUCAUAGCACCAUCUUUGUUUAAAAUUGUCUAUGAUGAAGAAAAAAAAUCAGAGUGUGAAAAUAUUGUAUCUGAAGUCUUAAAUAAUUUAAUAGAAAAUGUUUUAGAGUCAUUAACUUUAGAACAGUCCACAUUCCUCAUAAAUAAGAUUUUGAUAAAUCAAAAACAAGAAAAAAAUAUUUUUAAACCUGAUUUUAUAAAUAAAAUAACUGAAACUUUUUAUGAAAACAAUGUUAAAUUGUCUAAAAAUAAGAUCAUGAACAUUUGUAUAAAUACAGUAAAACAGUCCAACAGUCAGGCAUGGUUUGAUGAAAGGGCAAUUAAAUUGUCAGCUAGCAGAGCACAUUUGGUAAAAAUCAGAUUAAGAAAUUAUGAAAAAUUAGCCACCGUCAACCAGGCCAACUUGGGGCAGUUUUGA